UGUACUCUCAUACUAAUGUCUUCAAUUUAAUAUGAACUCACUUAGUAUAGAAAAUUGUUUUUGUGUUGAUAAUUGAGAAAAUUAGAUCAUUGCGCACGUAUGCAUUCAGCGACUAUUCUAUCUGACCACGUGUUGCAGGUUGCAGAAGACCGGGACUGAUGUAAAAUCCUUCUGAUUAGUUUCUCCUUGGUGACAUUGGUCUUCAGUAAGACACGUGUGCCCUAUUAGGGUGGCGAAGCAUGUACAUAUACAUAUACAUACAUACAUAUGUCGAAGCUUGUGACACGUAUGUCGAAGCUUUCACGCAUACACGGGAGAAUGUUAUUGUUAAUUCAUUUAACCUAAAGUAGUCCUUUGUGUUUAGAUAUUAGACGUGUACAUAAAUUCUAAAAUAUUCGCUAAAGUUCCUGGAGUUCGUAGAUACCUCGAACAGAAGCGCUUGUCGAACAAUUGCAUAUGGCCAACCGCAAUACUCUGGCGAUAUUUUUCAAAUUAGUAAAUAAUAAAAUAUAAUAAAUUCAAGCAUGUAAAAUCGUAUUUCACAUUGUUAUGAUUAUUUAGAUGUGGGGAAUAUAUUGAUUUUCAAUUAUCUCGUGAUUUACUGUCUAACAAAGGAAUGGAAAGAAUGGUCGUGCUUACACGAAAGAGAGUGAGAAUUUCUGAGAUAUUAAGGCAACACGGAUGGCCUCAAUCUUAUUUUUUUCCAAUCCCCAGGGAGUCGUUUAAAAACAAUUUGCACUUUAUGAUGCUCGCGUAAUGCGAGUUUUAUCAGUGACACCUUGAUAAAGGCCUUAGAGACUAAUAUAAACCACAGACCACUCACUAAUAUUUUAAACAGUUAUUCGAAAUGUCUCAGACUCUUCGUUGUUUCGUCUCGUUGACGAUCGUUGUUUUUGUAUUUUCGAAUUUGAACUGCGCCGAUUCGAUUUCAACUGACGUAGUGCCGCCCAGCCGCGACGCUAAAUUCCUACGAUUCCCAUGGCUUGGACAUUUUUGUAAUGGCUGCCCACCCCACGUCUGCGAGGCCGAUCCAGCCAUCGUCCUCGGCUACUGUUGUGGAUGUCGUCGAAUAUUUGAUGUCUUGCCGAUUGUUUGUUCCGCAAACGUCAUAUGCCCUAUGGAAGUCAGCGGAGUGUGCCGUGAUUACGAUUAUAUGUUGCGCUGCUGUUGCUAAGAUUGCGUUGCGUUCUUAAACCUAAUAUGGCGCAUAAAAUUGUAUCCUUUCAUGUCUCUUAUAUUCAAAUUAUUAUUAAUUGGACGAAUAUAGACUGUGUAUGAUAAUAUUAUUUGUAUUAUUAAUCGUGCUUCGAGUGCCGAGAAAAAAUUAAUAGAAUGAUUAAUAUAUUCUCCACGCAUGAUAUAAUUUAAGGGAACUCCGGACCUUUUCAUUACCAUACGAGU